AAAUCUUCUUAAAGCCAAUGAGUUGCUUUAAUUAUCUUUCUUGUUUAAAAAUACAUGAUUGACUCUGCACAUCAGUCGCCAUGGACGAAUAUCACAUCAAGCACACGCCCUGGUACCAGGCCUCCGUGGAGGCCUUCAGCGCCAAAGCAGCCAAGAAAGACAUGACCGGUGCACUGGAUCCGAACACUACCUCCAACCCCGACAUGAUCGUAGCAGCCCGACUUCGGCCAAUUUUGGAGGACGAAGUAGCCGCAGGUCUUAUUCGUGGAGUUUUCCCUAGAACCAGCGGUAAUGGCGCCGUAGACAUCCACCAGAUCCGAAAGCACAUCAAGCCUCUGGGACCUCCUACGCUUACAACCACUUCGGUUCAGCUCGACAAAGCCUAUGGUCCAGAUGACACAUCUGAGCAAAUUUACCAAGAUCUGGUUGAGCCGUUGGUUCCCUGGGCAUGGAGCGGCGGUGUUAGUACCGUGUUCGCCUAUGGUCAGACUGGCUCUGGUAAAACCUUCACAGUCAGCGAGAUUGAGAAGCUGGUCGCGAAGUCGCUCAUGAGCGGGGCUAUGGAGGGAGAGCGUAAAGUGUAUGCGUGCAUCAUUGAGCUGGCUGGCAACUCUUCUUUCGACCUCUUGAACUCUCGAAAGCCAAUCUCGGUUUUGGAGGACUCCUUCGGUAUCACACAGCUUGCUGGCGCCCUGGAAAUCGAAAUCACCGAAGCAGCCACCUUACUCGAGCUCAUAGAAAAGGCAGCAACCUUCCGCCGCACAGCAUCGACGUUCAAGAAUGACGCGUCAUCUCGCUCCCACGCCAUUUGUCGCAUCCGUAUCGAAAGUCCCAUACCAACAGCCGAAGACGGACUCCUUUACCUCAUCGACCUGGCAGGUUCGGAAGCCGCCCGGGACAUUGCCAACCACACACCCGACCGCAUGAAAGAAGCCCGGGAGAUUAACACCAGCCUUUCAGUGCUGAAGGACUGUAUUAGGGGCAGAGCGACCGUCGACGUGGCAUCUCUAACGGGCAAGACCAAGAGCCCGACGUAUAUUCCAUUCCGGCAGAGCUCCCUUACCAAGAUUCUGAAGCAUGUUUUCGAUCCUGCCGGGAGACGUAGCUGCAAGACUAUGGUACUGGCCUGCGUCAAUCCCAGCCUUCCAGAUGCUGGCGCCGGAAAGAAUACGCUUAAGUAUGCCGAGAUGCUGCGGGUUUUGCUGCCCAAAGCCAAGGCUCAGUCCUAUGACCCUGAGACGCCCGCAACGUGGGACAAUAAACGGAUAAAGACCUGGAUCAACAGCAACUCUGGAAGCCCUGCAAUUUCUGGCGAGCUCGUUGCACCUACCGAGACCGGUUCGCUGCUGCUCCGCCUUCCCACCCCCGAAUUCCUCACCCGCUGCUUGAAGACUCCGGGAGUCGAUGAGGACCAAGCUCGCGCCUUUCAUGCAAAGUUCUGGCGUUUGCAUAUAGAUUCGCAAAAGUCCGGCGGGAAGAAGACAGAAGUCAAGAGCGAGGCAGAGCCUGCCGAGGAAAAAGGCCGCAAGACAGCCAUGAACCAGGAGAUGUUAUCAUCUAGCGUAGACCCGAACCCCAAGGCAAAUGACGCUCCUUUCAAAGAGCGCAUUCGACCAGGAAUGGCUGUGCGCUGGACGCCACCUUCGACUUUUCGAAUGGGCCUUCCCGGGCUGAACAUGGUAGUUAUUCUGUGUCCUCAGUUGGCGGUCGGACCGACUGUGAGAGAUUUGAGUGGUGACUUGGUCAACCAGUCAGGCUUCACUUCGACGAGAGGAAGCAAGUAUCUCUGCGCAAUGGUUCUCCCUGGCUUCAUGGCCGAUUCAUAUGAGUUGAGCAUGUGGCGUCAGGUAGUGGUAGAUGUAGAUCAGAUGGAAGCGGAGGUACUUCUCGAGUAUGAUUCGGGAACUAGAUACUAUCACAUUACCUUGUAAUUCGAUCAAACACAUUUCGGAUCCUCCAGUAAUCGAUACCCAAUCAU